GAGAGACGGUGAUCGCUACUUUUACGAGAACGAGGAAGCUGGAAUAUUUACAAAAAGCCAGGUUGAAGAAAUUGAAAAAUCCAGCAUGUCUCGUAUUUAUUGCGACAAUCUUAAAAAUAUCGUCUCCAUUCAAGAAAAUGCUUUCAAAUCGUCAGUCGACGAGCGUAGGCGUGUAUGUGAUUCAAUUGAGGGGAUGUCACUCUGUGCGUGGAAAGAAUGCCUUCUUGGGAGGGCCAAAACGGACGAAAUGAGCGGAAAAUGUGUUUGCAGAUGUCCAAAGACGACAAAGAGCUGUAAGAGAGGGUGGUCGGAAGACUUGGGAGAUUCAUCGAAAUCCUUAAAGUUUCCCAGCCAAGGAUCAGAAUUUGUCGAUCUGAAUGGAGAUGGUAAUCUCGAUUUCGCAUAUCAUUUUUCAAACAAAGGAGUGGUGUUAAAAGGAGCGUACCUAAUCGAUCCUGUCGCGGAAAAGUUUAUUUCCGAGCCGAAAUUUAUACCACCACAUGCUAUCUCGUCUCAUGAAAGAAAAGAUUUAGGCGCACGCUUUGUUGAUUUGAACGGGGAUGGAAAAAUAGACGUGGUGUAUCACGGUUGGAACAGUCGAACACAAAAGCAAGUCAGAGGUGCUUACAUUAAUACAGGCGAAGGUUGGCGGCCAGCUCGACACUUUAUCCCGCCAUAUCCUAUCACUUCUGAUGGGGUGAGAGAUUCUGGAGCCAGAUUUGUUGAGUUAAACGGCGAUGGCUUUAUGGACUUCGUGUAUCAUCUUUCUCUCAAAGGGAAAGAAAGAAAGGGAGCAUUCAUCAACACUGGAAAGGGUUGGGCGCCGGCACCACAAUUUACGCCUCCAUACCAUAUAGCCGAUGACCAUGGAAACGAGGGCGCUAAAUUUGCUGAUCUGAACGGAGACGGCCGGGAUGACAUCGUUUAUCAUAAAAAGCUGGACCGUUUCACUAUAGAAAAAGGCGCAUACAUUAAUAAUGGUCAAACAUGGAUUUGGUCUCCACAAUUUACUCCACCUUUUAACAUGAUUGGAGGAAGAUUUGUUGACCUCAACGGUGAUAGCAAAGUUGAUUUAGUAUACCACAGAAAAUUUGAGUCACAGAGAGUGUUAAAAGCUACUUUCAUAAACAAUGGAUAUCUUUGGAUUCGUGUACGAAAGUACACUAUACCAACAAACACAGAUGAACUUGGAGUUAAGUUUGUCGACGUAAAUGGGGAUGGAUUAUCUGACGUUGUCUGGAGAAAAGGCCCCUCUGAGAAAGGAGCAGCCAUCAAUACCGGAUGUGAAUGGAAACGAGAUGACAAAUUCACCCCACCUUAUAACAUCGCAUUGCCAAAUGGAAAAGUGAGAUUUGUUGACCUAAAUGGAGAUGGAGCUGUUGACAUUGUUGACCUAUCCAAUGACAAAAUAAAAGUGAAGAUUGCUUGUCCCGAUGAAAACAACAUUGUCUGAUCAUGAGUUGG